GCGCUCCCGGUGUCGGGGCCGCGCCGGCGGACGGAGUCGGGCCUCGGACUGUAGGCGGAGCGGGGUCGGGAGUAGGGGAGCGCUGGGCCGGGGAGCGGAAACGGGAGCAGGGGAGCGGGCACCAUGGAGCUGCGUGAGUUCGAGCGGCACCUGGACUCGCUGAGCUCGGAGCUGGGCGGCGAGGACGCGGUGGCUGCGGGCCCGGGGGCGGUCGGAGAGGCCGAGGAGCUGCACUACAUCCCGGUGCGGGUGCUGGGCCGCGGCGCCUUCGGGGAAGCCACGCUGUACCAGCGGACCGAGGACAACUGCCUGGUGGUGUGGAAGGAAAUCGACCUGGCUCGGCUGUCUGAACGGGAGCGCCGCGACACGCAGAACGAGAUCCUGAUCCUGUCGGUGCUGCAGCACCACAACAUCAUCGCCUACUACAAUCACUUCCUGGACUGCAGCAAGCUACUUAUCGAGGUCGAGUACUGCAAUGGGGGGAACCUGUACGACAAGAUCCUGCAGCAGGGAGGCAAGCUGUUCCUCGAGGAGACGGUACUGUGGUACCUUUACCAGAUUGUGUCAGCCGUCGCUCACAUCCACGGCUAUGGGAUCCUGCACAGAGACAUAAAGACGCUGAACAUAUUCCUGACCAAGUCGGACCUGCUGAAGCUGGGUGACUACGGACUGGCCAAGCAGCUCAACUCCCUCCACUCCAUGGCCGAGACGUGUGUGGGCACCCCGUACUACAUGUCCCCAGAGCUGUGCCAGGGCGAGCGAUACAACUUCAAGUCAGACAUCUGGGCCCUGGGCUGUGUGUUGUGUGAGCUGCUCACACUCACGCGCACCUUCGACGCCACGAACCCGCUGAACCUGUGUGUGAAGAUCGUGAAGGGGACACGCACCAUGGAGGUGGACGCCAGCGUGUACAGCGAGGAGGCGCGGGCCAUGGUCGUCCAGUGCCUGCACCAGGACCCUGAGAAGAGGCCGACGGCCGAGGACAUCCUGAACCAGCCGCUCAUCAGCAGCCGCCGCACGCUGAUGGAGGACAGAGUGAACCUGCUCAACGCUCCGGCCCGCAAGACCAGGCUGAAUGCGGCGGCAGACCCGUCCAUCGCGGUGGUGACGAGUCGUUAUAGUGAUGUGUAUUACUGGGGCGGGGGCAAGGCCACCCCACAGAAGCUGGACCUGUUCAAGAGCGGCCGCAGUGGGCAGCAGGUCUGUGCCAGCAACACACACUUCGCAGUCGUGUCCGUCGAGAAGGAGCUCUACACCUGGGCUAACGUGCAGGGGGGCACGAAGAUGGUGGGACAGCUGGGUCAUGGUGACCGGGCCUCGUACCGACAGCCACGCUGGGUGGAGAAGCUGCAGGGCAAGGCCAUCCAUCAGGCUGCCUGUGGAGACGAGUUCACCGUCUGCCUCACCGAUGAGGGGCACCUGUAUGCGUUUGGCUCGGACUACUACGGCUGUAUGGGCUGCGGGGGGCAGCACGGGCAGGAGGUGCUGGCGCCUGUGCUGGUGGAGUUCUCCCUCGACCACGCGGUGCAUCAGGUGUCCUGUGGAGACAACCACGUGGUGGCUCUCACCCGCAACCGGGAGGUGUUUGCCUGGGGCUGUGGGGAGCACGGGCGCCUGGGCCUGGACUCGGAGGAGGAUUACCCGUACCCCGAGAGGGUGGAUCUGCCGGUGAGCCUGAGCGUGGUGUCAGUGCAGUGCGGCUCGGACGGCACCUUCCUGAUCACCCAGAGCGGCAAAGUGCUGGCGUGUGGCAGCAACGAGUACAACAAGCUGGGCCUCAACCACUACCUGCGGGGACUGCGCACGCACCACACCAAGGUGGAACAGGACGUUCCCUACAUGACCACACUGACCCUGUCCAAACAGCUGGCCAUCUACAAGGUGAAAACCGUGGCCCCCGGCAAGACCCACACCGCGGCCAUCGACGAGCGUGCCCGCCUUUUGACGUUUGGCUGCAACAAGUAUGGGCAGCUGGGGGUGGGCGACUACCGGAAGCGGGAUGGCAUCAAUGUGCUGGUCGGGGCCCUGGGCGGCAAACAGGUCACCCGCGUCUCCUGUGGUGACGGAUUCACCAUUGCCUCCACUGACGAUAACCAGAUCUUUGCCUGGGGUAACGGGGGUAAUGGACGUCUGGGGAUGCCUGCCACUGACCGUGGCUUCGGCACCGACAUCUGCACCUCCUGGCCCCGGCCCAUCUUCGGCUCCCUGCACAACGUGUCCGACCUGUCGUGCCGUGGCUGGCACACCAUCCUCAUUGCUGAAAUCGUGUUUGUGUCGAAAACCCUUCGCUCAAACAGCAGCGGCCUGUCUAUCGGAGCUGUUCCACAGGGCUCUCCGGAGGAGGAGGGCGGCGCUGAGACGGACGAUGAGCGGAUGAAGCGAACGGCGGAGGAUCGGAGGGGCAUUGGCAUCCUCAACCCCCUGCCCUCUGCCAGCCAGCUGGGAGAAAGUUCGUGCCCCGAGUGGCUGCGCCAGGAGCUGGAGAACGCGGAGUUUAUCCCGAUGCCGGCGAAUGCAGGGGAGGUGGAUGGGAGCCGUGCUAGUGCUGACACCCUCCCCUACGGGCAGCUCCCGCCCGGGGUACAGGAACCUGGACCCACCGGCACGACCUCAACACCCACGGAGAUGGACAACGCGGAGUUUAUCUCGAUGUUGGAGAAUGCGGAGAAGCUGGAUGGGAGCCGUGCCAGUGCUGACACCCUCCCCUACGGGCAGCCCCCGCCCGGGAUACAGGCACCUGCACCCACCGGGACGGCCCCAACACCCACGGUGAGCAGCGUUGAGUUGGGAGCAGCGCAGGCACCAUGUGCAUGCAGCGAGCUGCAGUUGGAGCUGCGGGUGCUGCAGCAGACAUUGGUGCAGUGCGUGGAGCAGCAAAGGAGUGUGCAGGAGGACGGACGGCAGACCGCAGCCCAGCUGCACGGGGGGCUCGCUGGGUUGGAGCAGCGGCUGAAGGUGAAGGAGGAGCUCAUCGAUCGGCUGGAGCAGCAGGUGCAAACUCAGCAGGAGGAGAACCAGAGACUCUGGGCUGCCAUCCACGCCCUCACCGCCCGGGCACAGCCAGCAGCCCAGCCCAGCAACGAGCAGGGACCUGCGAUGACCAGCGCCCAACACGGACCGCCCUUGUCCAACCCCUCUGCAGACCCCUGCCUCUUCUCACUGCCAGACUACACAACCCCCACACCCAUCCACGGUCCCCCCUCACCCCAGGGGUCUGACCCCCCCUCACCUCCAGACCCCAACACCCCCUCGCCCAGUCUCAGGCCGGAACCGCCUCCCCCCUCGCCCCAGCUCCCCCUCCCCUCGGUCCACGACUCCCUCCCCUCACCCCAGCAUGACCCCCGCUCAUCUCCAGAUUUUGGUGCCCCCUCACCACAGCCCCCCCUCCCCUCGGCCCACGAUUCCCUCCCCUCACCCCCAAGUCCCAAUGCCCCCUCACCCCAGCCCCUCCCCUCGCCCCAACACCUGGCCUCCUGCCAGAUCGAGUAGUUGAGUUUGUAUUGGUCGGCAUCGUCCCAUUACCUGCGGCCUGCCUCGAGUAACGUAGAGAGGGGAGGAGUGGGGGUACCCUCCCCCCAGCCGGUGUAUAUGGGGAGGGUGGGGCAUGUUUACAGGUGGUCUCCGCGCUGAGCUUGCCUCGAAGGGGAUCCGGCCCAGUGCCUCCAUGCUGCCUAUCGUACAGUGCCUUAUAGUCCGAAUGCACCUCACACCACAGCCCCUAUCCCACCCAACAGGGUGCCCAAUACACUGCCCAUCUCUGCCACUGCCAAUACCCCAUGCAUGCUGAGUCUGGCACCUCCACCCCUCCCCCGUCACUGGCACGUAGCCUCCAUGCCUCUGACAUUGACAGUCCCUGCCACCGUUGCCACUGCUCCCCUGUCCUUGGCACCGCACCCUAUGUGCCUCCACUGCAUAUUAGCCCGGGGUGCCCCUCCCUGCCUGCUGUACCCGGCCUUCGCCCCAGCUGAGCCCACCUCCUCUCUCCCCCCCUCCCAGUCCUGGAAUGCUCCAGUUGUGAUGGACAGUGUUGGGAGCCUUUCCCAGAGGCCCCCUCCCAAAGCCCCAUGACCGCUCCCUCACAGCCCCCUCCCCAUGACCCCUCCCCCACACACCCCUCUCCCCAGGACCCCUCCCCCACACACGUCUCUAUCCAUUACACCUCCCCCACAUUACCCCUACCCCACACCCCUUUCCCCAUGACCC